CAAAAACCGACCUGUUUAAACCCACCUUUUUCUUUAUCCGAGUUGAAAAUACUACUCUCAAGUCCCAAUUACUGUUCAUCUCCAUUGUUCACCGUUUUUUGUAGUGAGAUUUAAUUUUCGAGGUACUUUCUUAAUCUUUACUCCCAUAUAUUUCAUUGUAUUUUGUAUUUUGUUUUUGCGUUUUUCAAUUUUAACAAACAACCAUGGUAGUUUACCUGAAAUUAUUUGACAACAAAACUAUUUCCCUUGAUAUAAACCCUAAUUUUACAACCCUGGCCAAUCUUCAUCAGACUAUAACCGAUAAAUUAGGCCUUCCAUUUCAAUACCAGCGUUUGUUAUCAUCGUCUACAAAAAGGGUAAUUAAUGGUGAUCUUAAAUGUUUAAUUUCUGAUCUGGGUAUUCAAAAGAAUUCGAUUUUAACAUUAACUGUCCCGUUAUUUGGUGGUAUGCAAGCUCCUGUUCAACCUAAGGGCAAGCUAGAAUUUCUUAAUUUGAAACCCCCACCAAAUUAUGUGGCUGGGUUGGGGCGUGGUGCCACGGGGUUUACAACCCGUUCUGAUAUCGGACCUGCUCGUUCAGCCCCCGAUUUGCCGGACCGGUCUGCUACUAAUACCAUUGGUAGUGCUGCGGCUCCGGCUGUGGGGCGUGGGCGGGGGAAGGGUGGUGAGGAGGAGGAAGAAGAGGAAGGAGAGGAUAAAGGCUAUGAUGAGAAUCAGAAAUUUGAUGAAUUUGAGGGAAAUGAUGUCGGAUUGUUUGCUUCGGCCGAGUAUGAUGAGGAUGAUAGAGAGGCAGAUGCUGUGUGGGAGGAGAUUGAUAAGACGAUGGAUUCAAGGAGAAAGGACAAGAGGGAAGCUAGGUUAAAGGAAGAGAUUGAGAAGUACAGGGCGUCAAACCCUAAGAUUACGGAACAGUUUGCUGAUCUGAAGAGAAAAUUGCAUACUUUGUCUGCGGAGGAAUGGGAUAGUAUACCAGAGAUUGGGGAUUAUUCAUUGAGGAAUAAGAAGAAGAGGUUUGAGAGUUUCGUGCCUGUGCCCGAUACUCUUCUUGAGAAGGCUAGGCAGGAGAAAGAGCAUGUUACAGCUCUUGAUCCUAAGAGUAGAGCUGUUGGUGGGACGGAGACACCUUGGGCACAGACUCCUGUUACUGAUCUGACUGCUGUUGGUGAAGGUAGGGGUACUGUGUUAUCAUUGAAGCUUGAUAGGUUAUCUGAUUCUGUGUCGGGGCAGACAGUUGUUGAUCCGAAAGGUUAUUUGACUGAUCUUAAGAGUAUGAAGAUUACUAGUGAUGCUGAGAUUUCGGAUAUUAAGAAGGCUAGGUUGCUGUUGAAAUCUGUUAUACAAACCAAUCCGAAGCACCCUCCUGGUUGGAUUGCAGCUGCGAGACUGGAGGAGGUUGCUGGAAAGAUUCAGGCAGCUAGACAGUUUAUUAAGAAAGGGUGUGAGGAGUGUCCUAAGAAUGAGGAUGUCUGGCUGGAAGCGUGUCGUCUGGCAAGCCCUGAUGAUGCCAAGGCUGUGAUAGCUAAGGGAGUUAAAGCUAUUCCAAAUUCGGUCAAGUUGUGGCUUCAGGCUGCCAAAUUGGAGCAAGAUGAUCAUCAAAAGAGCAGGGUAUUGAGGAAAGGGCUUGAAAAUAUACCUGACUCGGUGAGGCUGUGGAAGUCAGUAGUUGAACUUGCUAAUGAGGAAGAGGCUAUGUUAUUGCUUCAUAGAGCUGUGGAGUGUUGUCCUUUACAUGUGGAAUUAUGGCUUGCUCUAGCUAGGCUGGAAACGUAUGAGAAGGCAAGGAAAGUGCUAAAUAGAGCCAGAGAAAAGCUCCCAAAAGAGCCUGCUAUUUGGAUUACUGCUGCAAAAUUGGAAGAAGCUAAUGGAAAUACUGCGAUGGUUGAGAAGAUUAUAGAGAGGGGUAUCAGGGCCUUGCAAAGAGAGGGGGUUGUUAUCGACAGAGAAGCAUGGAUGAGAGAGGCUGAAGCCUCCGAGCGUGCUGGGUCUGUCGUUACUUGUCAAGCAAUAAUAAAGCAUACCGUUGGCAUUGGGGUAGAGGAAGAAGACAGAAAGAGAACGUGGGUGGCUGAUGCUGAAGAGUGCAAGAAGAGAGGAUCAACUGAAACUGCAAGGGCAAUAUAUGCUCAUGCUCUUUCUGUUUUCUUGACAAAGAAGAGUAUAUGGCUUAAAGCAGCACAACUAGAGAAGAGUCAUGGAACGAGGGAAUCUCUUGAUGCCUUGUUGCGGAGGGCUGUUACUUAUGUGCCCCAGGCUGAAGUUCUUUGGCUUAUGGGUGCAAAAGAGAAAUGGCUUGCUGGUGAUGUGCCAGCUGCUCGAGCUAUCCUUCAGGAAGCUUAUGCCGCUAUUCCAAACUCUGAGGAGAUUUGGCUUGCUGCUUUCAAGCUGGAAUUCGAAAACCAUGAGCCUGAAAGGGCAAAAAUGCUCCUUGCUAAGGCUCGAGAAAGAGGAGGCACUGAAAGAGUUUGGAUGAAAUCUGCAAUUGUUGAAAGAGAACUUGGUAAUGUUGCGGAGGAGAAGAAACUGCUUGAUGAAGGCCUGAAACACUUUCCAUCAUUCUUCAAGUUGUGGUUGAUGCUUGGACAGCUUCAUGAGCGGUUUGGAGAGCAAGCUAAGGCUAAAGAAGCUUAUGAAUCUGGUCUCAAGAACUGCCCACACUGCAUUCCGUUGUGGCUCUCACUUGCAAAUCUCGAAGAGAAGAUGACCGGGCUUAGCAAGUCCCGAGCAGUUCUUACUAUGGCUCGGAAAAGAAAUCCUCAGAAUCCCGAACUUUGGCUUGCUGCUGUUAGAGCUGAGCUUAGGCAUGACAACAAGAAGGAAGCUGAUAACUUGUUGGCAAAAGCUCUCCAAGAAUGUCCCAAAAGUGGUAUCUUAUGGGCGACUCAAAUUGACAUUGUCCCCCGUCCUCAACGUAAAUCAAAGAGUUCCGAUGCACUUACAAAGUGUGACCACGAUCCACACGUCAUAGCUGCUGUGGCCAAGCUAUUUUGGCAUGACAGGAAGGUAGACAAGGCGAGGAGCUGGCUCAACAGAGCAGUGACACUUGCUCCAGAUAUCGGGGAUUUCUGGGCUUUGUAUUACAAAUUUGAACUUCAGCAUGGAACCGAAGACUCUCAGAAGGAUGUGCUAAAACGUUGUGUUGCUGCAGAGCCCAAGCAUGGUGAAACAUGGCAAGCAAUUUCAAAGGCAGUUGAGAAUGCUCAUCAGCCAACUGAAGCAAUUUUGAAAAAAGUUGUAGUUGCUCUAGGGAAGGAAGAAAAUGUUGCUGGGCACAACAAGAACUAGGUUUCUACAUUUUGCUAAUGCUUAUGUUUUUCUGUUAAAGCUGAAUGUAUUCCGAUUACGGAUUGAUGUAUAUUAGGAUUGUAUACUUUCUCCCUUCCAAUUUUCUCUAUAUAAUUUGGCUUCAAAAUUUUGUAUUGCUCUUGUUAGAUUGUUGUCGAUUAAACGAGAUACUCUCUUCUGUGACGAUUCUUUUUGUUUACAAUCAUAGCAGUUCGAUUUUGAGUUUUUGGUA